AUGGAGCGCCAAGCGUUGGAGAAAGGAGACGUGUCGAUGCUUGCCACUCUUCGCAUCGGUGAGCUGGACAAGCUUGUCGCUGCAAUGCGGCAAAAGCAGGCGAUCACCCAAGCGGCAAUGGACCACUACGAGAGCGAGAUCGUCCACAUUGAUCGAGAGGUGGCCAACAUCAUGGCGCGAUACACGCCCAUGUGCAAACGCCUCGAAGCCCGUCGGCAGGAACGGAGCGAGUUACAGCGGCAGCUGGACGUUGCCUCUCGACAAUUCGGAGACGUUCUGGCCGCCACGAAGACGCGGCUUCGUGCGAGCUCCCACGAGCAUGUGCAGCAUAUUCGUCAUGAAGCUUCAGCGGAGCUUGCAGGCGCGCGAGGCUACGCGCUGGGCCGCAAUAGCACCGUCUACCAGAAGCCUCGCAAGUAA